AUGUGUUGUUGUAAAAGACGCUCCAGGAGCGUAGACAAUGAACAAGCAGUACGAAUCUGCCUUUAUGAGGGACAGUAUCGUUCAACAGUUUUUCAUAUUCGAAACGCGAUAGUGCGGACGUGCUACGGAAUAGUUACCUAUUUAAACGUUACAAUUUUUGCGUUUAGCAAGAGUUUGUGCAAUUGGAUGGGUUAUGCGGCAACCAGAUGGACUAUUCCACAUGUGGAAAAUUCUUCCCUGACGUACAUCGUGAUACACAAGGAAGUUUAUUCCAGUGAUACAGUUCUUCAUAAAUUCUUUUCCAUGCUGUUACGAUAAUGCAAAUGACUUGAGAUCAUAAGAAAUAGAAUAAUAUACAACAUGACGAAAGAAGAACAGAAACAGAAAAGACUGGUUGUACGAGAUCACGCAAUUGAUUUUAGUAGAUACAUACGGCGAUGUGAGCGGAGCGCUUAAGAGUAGAUAGAGUGGUAGAAAAAGUGGUUUAUUGUCGAAAUUGUUGGCUUUUACAACUAGAUGAUCCAAGCUGUUAUUUUAGCCAUAAAGUGCGCAAGAUACGUCCUUCCGAUUCUCUGCAACAAAAACAACCAGUCAACAUCUAUUUUCCACUACUGGGAAGCUUGUAAUUAAUACACGAGCAAAAUUGUUACCAGAGAAUGUAGCACAAUGUAACAAUUUAAGAUAACAAAACAUUUGUCCCUUUUUUAUAGGAAUUCGGGCUGGCAGUCUAUUUUUAGCUUUUUCUGUCUUUUCUGCUUGAAUUUGUUAUUUAUUCGUUAUCGGGUUGAAGAAUCAAAAAACGAGUCUCGAGAAAAUGUUGUAUUGCCUACAAAAUGUUAUAAGAAGCACUGUACAUUGAAUAUUGUUCUUUUUUCAUAUUAUGUGCGUUUUGUGCAAUUUUGCAAGACUUCUUAUAAAUGGCUAAAAGCCCGCAGUCUAGCUGUACCAAAGCAGCAUCCCGAUCUUCGGAAACCGACUGCAUUCGAUUUUUGUUCAAUAGGUAUGGUGCAUAAAUUACCUGUAGUAUAAUAUCGAAGUCUUUAAUUAUUUUCUCGAUUUUCUAGAGGUCCGCAAUCACCCUCAUUUUUACUCAAUUGAUCGACUUCCGUGAUAGCUCAGCCAAAUUAUUUUAGGGUAUUCUCAUUGCUAAAGGAUGUUUGCUUCUCGAUACAUACUAUCCUUGUGAAAAUUCAUUUUUCUUGUAUUCAUUAACUCUUGUAAAUAAAAAUUACUCACUAAAGACCAUAUUUUACGUACACUUUCACAAUUUCAACGCUUGGAAAUCAAUUCUUACCCUUAAAUUACCCUUACGUAAAUUGUUACACUGGAUAUUCGCCGUGAUUCAAUUACGAAACUUGUUGACGGAGUUUCUGCUGAUAUCGUGCAUGUUGGAUACAAGAAAUUGCUUUCCAACUAUUCAUUAUUAUAUAUUAGAAAUUUAGUUUUUGUGUGCGAGGCUUGAUUUUGAUGGCGUAACGUCACAGUGUUCCGAUUGCAGAUGUUAGCCGGACUAAACUAUUUUUUUAUAUCUAUAAGGUUCAAUUCUCGUAUAAUUCAGGGAUCGAUUCUGAAUUCUGAAAAUCGAGUUCAUUGUAACAAUGCUUAGCUAAAAUACAGAGUUAAACAACAAUUAAUGAUAAUUAAUAACAAUAAAUAAGAAUAAAUAACGAAGCUUUGUACAAGGUCUACCUGAAAUUCGAGAAUCGAUUUUCCACGUCCUAAACUACCACUCUUCUUCUGUCAAUCUUCGAUACU